AAAGUCGUGCGGAUUGAAACGGUGCCGUAUAAAUUGGGCGGUAAAAGACGCGCCUCUUUUGAGGCCACCUUGCCUGACCCUUUGCAAUAUAAAAGGCAGAGCUUCUGGUUCAAAAUUCAGAGCACACCUCUCAACUCUCAAAUCAGAUCUCAACUCUCAAAUCUGACUCUGAACUCUCUCAAAUCAAACCUGUCAAUGGCACGCCGUCCUCACCGAGCUCGACCUCACCACGCUCUGUUGAAGAAACUUGCAAAAGAUAUUGAAUCCUUGAAGAAAGCCAACAAUGACGUUGUCGAAGCUGUAGAACUGAGGAAACAGUGGAGGAAGAAGACUAGGACAACUAGAUCAUAUGUUGUCUAUUGGUAG